CGCUUAUUUUCAGAUCAAUUCGCUGAGCAAUAUCCCAUACCAGAAACCAUUCGUACCAAGCAAGAAGUCGUGGGUGGACCCAAGAAAUUAAAGAUUGGCACCACUGUGUUUAGACCUAAACGCACUGAAGAUGAAGUCUUGCCUGUUAUUCUCUUCUGUCAUGGUGGUGGAUGGGUAUUAGGUAGUGCCAAAACGCAUGCUAAAAUAGCUACUGAAUUGGCUAUCAAGACACAUGCAGCCGUCAUGUUGGUAGAGUAUUCGUUGAGUCCUGAAGUUCAAUUUCCAAUUGCUAACGAGCAAGCGUAUGCUGCAUUAUGCUGGUUACAUGAGCAUGGCAAAACCAUCCGCGUCAACCCUGACCAAAUUGUGAUUGCUGGUGAUUCAGCAGGCGGCAAUAUGGCUGCGGUUGUGUCCAUGAUGGCCAAAGACCGACAUUUGGAGAACGUCAUCAAGGCGCAAAUUCUCAUGUAUCCUGCUGUGGCGGCUGACACGAAAGAUUUUCACUCUUAUGAACUCUAUGGUGCAGGCGAUUGUUAUCUCUCCUUAGAAGAAGCAAAGCUUUGUGUUGGCGCUUAUUUGCCCAAGCCUGCUCUCGAAUUAAAUGAUCGUUAUGCGACACCUCUUUUGGCCACCUUGGAGGAAUUGAAGGGAUUGCCGCCUGCUUUGGUGUUGACAGCCGAAUGCGAUAUUUUGCGUGAUGAAGGUGAAGCCUAUGCUUCCAAGUUGUUGAAGGCGGGUGUCGAAGUGGUAGGCAUGCGUGUUCAAGGCACUGUGCAUGGGUUCAUGACU